CUUCGCGCUUCCACCGAUCGAAUUUCUUUCGUGUUGCGCCUGCGCACAUUUGUAUCUCUACCGUUGACGUCUUCGGAUUUGUGCGGAUUCUUCAGCGCAGUGCCGCACACUAUUUUUCGCGUGCCCGUUUCUCCGGUUCGGUAUCAUUGUGGACGUGGAUAUCUUCCUCAACUUCACUCAAACUACCACACGAAAUUAGAACAAGCCCACAGCAAAAAACGAAUAAAAAGUGAACAAAAAUAGCAAAAAAGUUUCAAUUUUACUAUGGAUAAAAUGAGGCAGAAAAAUUGUGAAAAUGGUUGACAAAAAGUUACACAAAUUGUUCAAUACAAACCAAAUAAAGUUACACAAAUUGGUAUACCCGGAAAAGUGCUAAAAUUGUGCAAAAAAAAAACAAAAAAUAUAUUAAAGAAAAAACAGUGCAAUACAAACAACACCAGCAAGGAAUUACAAUUAACAAAAAGUUAAAAUUCAAAACAAAUACAAAGUUUAUACCUUACUGUUGUAAAUAUUCUUAAAAAAAAACAAAACAAACCAAAACCACGGAAUUAUUUUUACUCCAACAUCAUAUUGUAUAUAUGCAAAAAAAAAAAAAAAAAUAUUGAAACAAAUAUUGGGAUCCUUAUAAACCUCUUUCCAUAACGGGACUAUCAUCUAAACUCGCAGGGUUCCAACUUAAUUCUAUAUCCCAUAUUUUAUAUAAACAGUCUGAUCGUACCACAUCCCGUUCAUUAUUUUACGCAUAAUUUUAUGUCUUCCUCCCAUUGUUUUUGAUUAAACUGAACUGAAAUAAGGAUUAAAUCAAACAAAAAGAACAGUUGGACCAAAAAAUUAAAGAAACCUUGAUACAUUUUUGGAAUUGAUGUUCAAUAUGUUCAUUAGCUGAAGCUGCAAUUUCGUAACAUUAAGUCCUUGAUCCUUGGAUAGUCAAAGACCUACUUAUCCACGGAUCGACAAAAGAUUCGCCUCGAUCGCCUGGGUCCACUGACAAUGAAGUUUUGCAGCAUGAACGGCCCAAGUGAAUCGGAAGUUGAAAGCCUGCUGAUGAGUCCGUGCUGGGGUCCGCCACAGACCUCUGGCCAGGAUCAGUACCUGCUCGAUGGACACAAGCUGCUGCUGGAGCACGACCUGGACUCCCUGCAGAGCGACACGGACCAGAAGAACUCGCUGGAUGUGCUGGACAACCUCCUGCUGAAUGGGUCCACAUUGAAUGGACUGUCGGAUUUGAAGCCCCUGCCGCCAUUUACCGGCUAUACGGGUCACCUGUCGAUAAACGGCAUCUCCGGACACCACUACCAUGCCAUUGCUCAAAGGCUACCAGAUGAGAGCAACAACAACUACAUGCAGAGCGCCUACCAGGCCCAGAACCAGGCGAAUCCCACGUCCACAACGCAGUCGAAUGCGGGAGUCGGUGGAGGCAGUAGUGGCGGCAACAACAGCAACGCCAGCAACUCCAAUUCCAAUGAGCACAACAUAGUCUCCUCCUCCACCUGCCUGCCGGAAAGUGUCCUGAGUGGCAAUGCAGGAGGAGGAGGGGGUGGCGCGGGGGCCGACGCCUGUCUGACGGACGUGAAGCUCUUCGCCGAUAGUCAACUAGAUUCUAAGCUUUACUCCGUGGCGGAUAGCUGUGUAAUGAGCGGCGGACCAGGAAACGGGAACGGAAACGGCAAUGGGGCUGGUCCCAGCAUAGCCACGUUAACGCCCAUCGACCAAGUGGCCGAUUCCCUGCAUGGUAGUGGCGUAAGGAUCUACAAGGAUCUGACAGAGUACGUGGACAUGAACUCCAUUGACGAUAUAGCCGCAAUUAUUGGUUCUGCCAUUGCGGAUACCACGGUGCCAAAUCAGCUGGACAAGGACGAUGGCAACGACACGCGGGACAGUUGGAUGGACCUGGAUGCCUGGAUCGACGGCAAUUGCAUACAGCAGGAGUCGGCGAAGGUCCUGGUGUCGCAGCAGGACUCCCUGGCGGACUUUAUGCUGCCCCACAGUCCACUGCCCAUGCAUGCCAGUAGUUCGACGCUCCAGAGCCUGCUGAGUCACGGAUAUAUGCCGCUGCUGCAGAAUCGCCUGCAGAACGGACCGCCCAACUCUGGCGGCUCCAGCCAAGGCGGACCGGGUGGCAAGGGAGAGGCCCAGGCGCCCACAUCUACCUCAUAUUGCAACGAGCUGGCGGCGGCGACCAGCAGCAGCUGCAGCCCUCCCGGAUCGGUGGUCAGCACCACGGAUAAUCCCAACGGUCUGAUGAUCAAUCCCCGCUAUCUCAGCAAUCCCACAGCCAACCAGCCCACGGGGAAUCCCCACCAGCAGGGCGGCUAUCCCAUGCCCAAUUCCGGUCUAUCACUCAAGGAUAAUGGCCUCUGCUCGCCGGAUCUUCUCGGCAACUACCCACACACCACAACCGCCAGCACAACGGGUGCGGAACUGCGAACUGGAACGCCAAAAGCCAAGCGAUCGCGAUCCCAAAAGAAAUCCAGCCAACAGCACCAGCAGCAACAACAACAGCAGCAGCAGGGCGAUGGCGGUGGUCCGCCCACCACGCCCCAAAUGAGCGCCAUUUCGCCAUCCGGCUUCAGUGCCAGCGACCUGAGCGGCCUGCUCGGCAAGGAGAAGCCGGUGCACCGGUGCAGCAUCUGCAACAGGGGGUUCCUCAACAAGUCCAAUAUCAAGGUGCACCUUCGCACCCACACGGGCGAGAAGCCCUUCCGCUGCGACGUCUGCGCCAAGGCCUUCCGCCAGAAGGCGCACCUGCUCAAACAUCAACAGAUACACAAGAGAAUUGGGCGUGACUGACGCUCCCCAAGGAGCUCCAUGUUAUGGCCGAGCAAUAAGAGUAGCAUACCAGGCUGGGAGUCCAUGCCAGCACAGAAAAAGUUAUCAUUUCGAACUUGAUUAGAUGAUCCAUUCAAGUUACAACUUUCUCUGUGAGGGGGAGUCUCUUCCUAAACAAUUGGUUUCCUGUCAAGGACUUCCUUUAUUGUUCCAAGGAAGAGCCUCCGGUUGGUUGGAUUCCACCUGUUUCUCUGGGUGCGUGUGUGCCAGUGCUGGACCAGGCUAAUAUCGUUUAUAUCUAUCCGAUAUUUGGUUAUUAGCCCCUAUAUAUCAUGUGGGAUAUAUAGAAUAUAUUUUUUGAAAAGGUCACGCAGUGGCAUACACACACCAUUUGAUAUUCGUUGUUGUUGGUUGCUUUUGAUCUCUUUGCUUAAUGGUUUUUAGUCAAAAUUAUAGGAAUCUUUUCAAAGCGUUAGGAAAAUUAUCAAAUAAAAAGGAAUAUUUAGAAAAAUGUUGGUUAGAAAAAGAGGAAGAUGAGGAAAUCAAAUAUGAUGACGAAAGGGAUCAAAUGUAUUUGUUAAAAAUUUUUUAAGAAAUCAUCAAAAUAUGUAGGCUUUAACUAAGUUAGCGAAAUCAUUAUUAGACUCAUGAGACAUUUAUUUAAUUUCAAGUUAUUACCAUAUCCGUCCAGUUUUUUUGUGAGGCUAGCGAAAGAUCAACCUACUACCUCCAAACAGGCAAUUGAAGUGUAGAGUACCAGAGGUAUAAACUAUAUAAUCAUCAAUAUCCUUUCGCAAUCCGAUGAGCCAAAGAAACCACAAGCAAUCUAAGAACAACGAAGCGUCCAAUUGUCAUUCUGCAACUGUUGUUCUGUUUUGAUGCAGGGUCGCGUGCUUCGAGCAACCAAGGUCCUGGCACAGGUAAAAAAAUUAUACUUUAAUCUAGACAAUAGUACCAGUUUAAGAGCAAUCGUAGUGUGGCAGCGGAAGUUGUAUAAAGUUUCAUAUAUUGUCUUUACCUCAUCACGUUAGAAACUGAAAAAGUGACGCAUACAAAUUAUAAUUUAAAUUAAAAAAAAAAACAAAAGAGCAAUAACAAUUUUAAAUUAAAUACUUUAAUGUGUACAAACCAAUGGAAAAGUGUUAAUUUUAAAACAUGCAUUAGUCUAAAAAUUCGUAGCGGGCUUGGCAAAAUAUUAUUCAUAAUAAUUGAUUUGCAAACAGAAUAAAACAUAAAUGGAAAUAGUACUCAAGUAAUAAAAUCAAUUAAAUUUAGCUAAUAUCGUUGUUAAUUUGUUUUUUAAAAAGUUUGUUGCUAAAGUUUUAAAGUUAAUAUUAACAUUAAAUUAUUUUCGAUAUACCCGAAAUUAUUUAUCCUUAACCCACUCAGCACACAAAAAAACCAACAAUUGAAUAAACUCUAAAAUAAAUAAUUUAAUGCUAGCAUAAAAAUAUAAUUAAUUUCUAUAAACAAAAGGAAACAAUAUUAAUUGUGUUAUUUUAGUUAUCGUGCAAUUUUAUUUAUUUUUACAAAAGCAAACUUGAAUUUUGUUCAACAUAUUUCGAUUUGUAAAUAUUUAUUUCGUAAUUGUAAUGCCAAUUAUUUAAUUAAUUAUAUUUAAAUAAACGCAAAAUGUCAUUCAAAAUGUGCAAAACAAGUUAAGCCUAUGGAAGCAAUGGUAUUUUCAUUUUGGACGGGAGGACCACAUGGCGUAUACUUAAUGAGUGGAAAUUUGAAUGUAAAUCGGAAUCGGAGUCGGGUCGGAGUCUGAGUCUAAUGCAGUGACAUUUGGGUGUUGCCGCCGCAUUGCAUAUGCCUCACACGCCCCGUUGUCUCCUCUUUUGGUCCCCAUUAGCAACCUGACAGCGUCGCAUUGAGGCACGUUCGGCCACACAAAACUACAAAAAAAAAAGAGUUAAAGUAAAAUGGAGUAGCAGCCACAAAAAUAUGCGACGACACCAGCAGCCAGCAACCAGCAACCAGCAAACCGCGAGCCAAGUCUUGAAAACCAAACCAGUCGGGUAGAAUCAUUAUAUUGACCACAAUGAAAGCCAGGCGAAGAAAGAGCCAAAGAAAGACGGCGGCAGCAGACCCCAAGCCCACACGACGUACAUUCAGUACAGAUACAGAUACGGUGAAGAAAUAUACGGACACACAGAUACUAAGGCAGAGAAUGCCAUGCAUACCACACUGUGCCACUGACCCAAUUUCCAGACUCGUUUCGUUUCUCGUUUCUUGCCGCAGAGAACCGCAGCGGAUUUUAAAUGUUAACUCGAAGCAGCAGCAGCAGCAACAGUCCCAGCUAAGAUACUCAGAUCUUUUGCUCUUUCACCGCAGCCAGUCUGGAGGUAGACACCGGUAUAUAGAUACAUACUUACAUACUUACAUAUAUCUGUAUC